UCUGACCUUCAAAAAACCAAAAACUAGCGGUUAUCAAACUGACAUUUCAGGUAAUAAUUUCAUUUUAAUUUCUAUAUUUUGUGUUUAAAGGAAAAUAUAGAACAAAGUUAAAGUUUAGAAAAUUUAAUAAUGAUGUACUAAUUAACAACACUUUAAAUGGAGCAUUUACUGAAAGGCAAAUUUGGCCGAAUAGUUAUAAGUUCAUAUUCACAUAAUCCCCUCAAAUAUGGUCAUCAGAGAAGAUUUCAAAGAGGGAUUGCAAGCUUAUGGAGCGGUAGAGCUUUAGACAGAAGUAGACCUCUUUUCCAUCAAUAUUACAGAUAUCAGAGAAGGGAAUAUGGCAUGUUUAUAGUAAGAGCUUUAAGAGGUAUUCUUAAAAUUAGGUACCUAGUAAUAGGAGGUGCUGUAGCAGGUGGUGGAGCUUUAAAUAAGAAGUAUAACGAUUGGAAGGAUGGUUUGCCUGAUUUGAAAUGGCUAGAUGAAGUAUUACCAGAUAAUGAUAGAUGGAAAGAAUGGAGGGGUAACCUGAUUGAUUUUAAAGAUAAUAUUAAAAAUAAUAUUGAAAUUGAUCCAAGAAUUAAAUCUUUAUCUGAAGCUAAAUAUUCACAGUUAAAAACUUGGUUUGAUCAAAGAUUAGAUGAUGCCAUAGCUGCUGCAGAACAAGUAGAACAGAAUGAAAAAGAAAAUGGCUCUGCAAAAGGUCAUGGCCCCAGCAUUAAAGACGCUCUUGACAGAAUGUACUCAGAAGUCAAAAAUGAAAUUCAGGAAAAAAGCGUUGCAUAUGCUAGACCUUUUGCCCGUCAAGAUAGUGACGAUGAUAGAGUUCGCAGAGAAACUCAGCAAAGAUUAAAUGAAAUGCAGGAAGAAAUGAUGCAGACCCAAAUUAAAUACCAAAGAGAGCUGGAAAAAUUAGAGAAGGAAAAUAAAGAAUUGAGAAAGCAGAACCUACUUCUUAAGCAGGGACGUAAACCAAACAUUAAAAAAAUGAAACGCAGUUUGAUCGACAUGUACAGCGAAGUGCUGGAUGAGUUGGCAGAUUUUGAUAGUGGCUAUAAUACCCAAGACCAAUUACCUAGAGUUGUGGUGGUUGGAGAUCAAAGCAGUGGAAAGACGUCAGUUUUAGAAAUGAUUGCCCAAGCGAGAAUAUUUCCUAGAGGAGCAGGAGAAAUGAUGACAAGGGCUCCAGUCAAAGUUACUCUCUCAGAAGGCCCUUAUCACAUUGCUCAAUUCCGCGACUCUUCCAGAGAGUUUGAUCUUACCAAAGAGAGCGAUUUGGCGGAUUUAAGAAAAGAAGUAGAACUCCGAAUGAGAAACAGCGUAAAAGGUGGUAAAACGGUAUCUAGUGAAGUGAUUUCCAUGACAGUUAAGGGUCCUGGUUUACAAAGAAUGGUCCUUGUAGAUUUGCCAGGUAUAAUUUCAACUCAAACAACCGACAUGGCGGCUGAUACUCGGGAGAGUAUAAAACAGAUGACUCAAGCAUAUAUGAAUAACCCAAAUGCCAUUAUUUUAUGCAUACAAGACGGAUCUGUAGAUGCUGAAAGAAGUAAUGUUACAGAUUUAGUUGCCACUUGCGAUCCUCAGGGUAAAAGAACUAUUUUUGUACUGACCAAAGUGGAUAUGGCAGAGGAGAAUCUAGCAGAUCCUAAUAGAAUCAGAAAAAUUUUAUCUGGAAAACUAUUUCCCAUGAAAGCCUUGGGAUACUUUGCUGUGGUGACUGGACGGGGACGCAAGGAUGAUUCUAUACAGGUUAUCAAAGAUUACGAAGAAAAUUUCUUUAGAAGCUCCAGAUUGUUCAAAGACAGUCAGGUAAAGUCGACGCAAGUCACUACAAGAAAUCUCAGCCUUGCUGUAGCGGAUUGUUUUUGGAAGAUGGUUAAGGAGACGGUAGAACAACAAGCAGAUGCGUUUAAAGCUCGCCGAUUUAAUUUAGAAACGGAAUGGAAAAAUAAUUUCCCCAGACUUCGUGAACAAGAUAGAGACGAGUUGUUUGAGAGAGCGAGAGCAGAAGUUUUAGACGAAAUUGUAAAUUUGUCGCAAGUAAGCCCUAGAGAAUGGGAAGAAUGGCUAUUACAGAACAUAUGGGAAAAAGUUUCGGGGUAUGUCUUUGAGAGCAUUUAUAUACCUGCAGCACAAACUGGCGCAACAGAGACUUUCAACACCUCUGUAGAUAUCAAACUUCGCCAAUGGGCCGAAUCUACUCUUCCAUCACAAUCAGUGGAAUCAGGAUGGGAAAGCCUGAAAUCUGAGUUUGAGAGGUUUAUGCAGAAAGCCUCGAAGGCUCCCGAGCACGACGGCAUUUUCGAUCAAUUGAAGCAGGCUGUGGUUAAUGAAGCUAUGACUAGACAUAAAUGGGAGGAUAAGGCCUCAGAUAUGCUACGCGUAAUACAGUUGAACACUUUAGAAGACCGCACAAUCGGAGAUAAAAGAGAUUGGGACCAAGCAGUUAAAUUCCUAGAAGCCAGUUUAAAGGAGAAAUUGAAAGAAAGCGAGUUAUCAUUAAAGAACUUAUUAGGGCCUUCUGCCAAGGAAAGGUGGCUUUAUUGGAGGUAUCAAACAGAUGUAGAAGCCAAAAGAAAUCAAGUGAAAGCAGAACUUGAUAGAAUUAUUUAUUCAAAUGAGAAACAUCCACCAAUUUUAUCCUAUGAUGAACUAACGACAAUACGAAACAACUUGCAACACAGCAAUGUAGAAGUGGACAACGAAUUUGUGAGGGAAGUAUGGGAUGCUGUGUAUAGAAGACAUUUCUUGAACAAGGCACUUGGAAGAGCGUACGACUGCAAAAAAGCGUUUUAUUUGUAUCGUCAACAAAUGGACGUCGAUUGUGCUGACGUAGUACUAUUCCACAGGAUACAACAAAUGAUGAAAGUAACAGCUAAUGCUUUAAGACAACAAAUAACAAAUAGAGAAGCAAGAAGAUUGGAUAAAGAAAUUAAAGAAGUUCUAGAUGAUUACAGUCAAGAUCAAGACAAAAAAGUUCAACUGUUAACUGGUAGAAGAGUAACACUAGCUGAGGAACUAAAACGAGUUCGACAGAUACAAGAGAAGUUAGAGGAAUUCAUACAAGCAUUGAACAAAGAAAAAUAAGAAUUCUAGUCCCGUUUUACUUACGCUAUAAGUCCCAAUUUUAUUUUGUUGGUUAAAUGCUUAAUUAAACUUUAUUUUCCUUUUUUUUUUUUUCGUCACAGAUAUUUUUUUUAUUUCCUAUUUCAAUGUAUGUGGAAAGAGUUUUUAUUAGCCCAAGUGAUUAUUGUUAUAAAAUUACAAUUUGUACUGUUACAAAAAUAAAUGUGCAAAAACGA